AUGUUCCGAGUCGCGCAACCUCAACCAAAAAAACAGCGUCUCUUGUAUGACAGAGAAAAUCUCCAGAGGGCGUAUGAGGCCACUUUGGGUGGUGUUUCUGCGUACAGAGCCUCAAGGAUGUUCGCUGUACCAGAAACAACACUUAGGGAUAGAAUUAAAGGUCGCGUUGAUGUUGAGGCAAAAGUUGGUCACGAGACCAUUUUCACAAUAGAGGAAGAAAAGAAGUUGUACGACCACGUGACCUAUAUGGCUGAAAUUGGAUUUGGGUACACCAAGAAAUCAGUACAAUAUAUGGGGAGAGAUUAUGCUGAGUCUUUGGGAAAGACAAUGAAGCCGGACCAAAAAUGCCUUAGUGACAACUGGUUUUAUGGAUUUUGCAAACGCUGGCCUGAACUGAAGUCAUCAAAACCUCAAAAACUGGAUCUUUCAAGAGCAAAAACAUCAAGAGAAACACUAAAUAAAUACUAUGAUGAACUUUUCAAUGUACUAACAGAGAACAAAAUAAUAGAUAAACCUCAGAAGAUAUUCAAUAUUGACGAAUCUGGUGUCAACAGUGAACACACCCCACCAAAAAUCAUCUGCAAAAAGGACACUGUGCCACAAAAUAUAACCUCUGCAAGAUCAUCUACAGUAACCAUAAUAGCAGCUGGUAAUGCUGCUGGUCAAAGUGUUCCACCAUAUUAUGUCUUCCCAGGACAACGCUGGAAUGAUGAAUUUUUGAAUGGAGCAUGUCCAGGGUCAGCAGGGGAGAUGUCGAAAUCUGGAUGGUCCAAUACAUCAGUGUUUUUGAACUAUCUGACAAAACAUUUCAUUGCCUAUGUUCCUACAGACAGCGAACAUCCAACACUCAUAUUGUACGAUGGUCACCGCUCACACAUUUCAUUAACAUUGGCUGAAUGGGCAAAAGCGAACAAUGUCAUCCUUUUUGUUCUGCCUCCACACUCAAGUCAUGUAACCCAGCCACUGGAUGUAGGCAUUUUCGGGCCCUUCAAAAACAUAUACUAUCAAGAGUGUCAGCACUUCAUGAAGUUAAAUCCUGGCUUGAACAUCACCAAAUACAAUAUUGCCCAACUUACAGCAAAGCCCUAUCUGAAAGCACUUUCUCCAGAAAAUUUAAUAUCAGCAUUCAAGAAGACUGGAAUAUCACCAUACAACAAAUUAGCAAUUAGUGACUCCCAGAUAGCACCAUCUACAAUAUUUGAUCAACCGGAUAUAACCAUGGAAUCAACAACAGCAAGUGAAGGAACACCAAACCUGAUGCAGAAUGCUGGUGAUGCAAAACAAGCUUCUGAAUAUCCAGCUGUUGAUUUCUUUUCCAAAAAGACAAUCACUCAGGCAGUUAAGCCCAAGCCUAAAAGAUUUGUGCCUCCAUUUAAAGUAACAGGCAACAUGAUGGACGAAAAGAAUGUUCAGCAGCUAACAGCUGCAGCCAACAAAUCAGCAGUCGCUCGUGAUCUUGAAGUUAAAGAAAAGGACACACAAAAGGCACCUAUACCAAGUACAUCUGGACUCAGCAAACAACAAGUGCCCAUUUUGAGUCCUGAGGAUGCGAACAGCGAUGAGGACAUUGAGACCGACUCUGAAUCAUGUUGCGUUCUUCUUCCAUGUGAUGACAUCAUGUCAGCAAUGAGACCUCAAAGAAAGAAUUUCAAGAACUUUAGGCGAUAA